AUGGCCACUUCAAUUCACAGACCUCCACUGACCUCCUUCCCCUCAGGCGUUCUUAUGCCUCAGCUCACCAUUCAGACCCCCAACAGCAGCCACCUACCUCAUCGCCAGGUGGAAGAGAGCUUCAAGACACUUUUUUGGUCAAUCUUUGGGCUCUCUGAAGUCAUCUCCGUGGUCCUCAAGUACGACCAUAAGUUCAUCGAGAACAUCGGCUACGUGUUGUAUGGCGUCUACAACGUUACGAUGGUGGUGGUUCUUCUCAACAUGCUUAUAGCCAUGAUCAACAGCUCCUACCAAGAGAUAGAGGAGGACGCUGAUGUGGAGUGGAAGUUUGCCCGAGCUAAACUGUGGCUGUCAUAUUUUGAUGAGGGGCGAACGCUUCCCGCUCCGUUCAAUUUGGUUCCGAGUCCAAAGUCCUUCUACUACCUGGUUCUUCGCAUCAAGACGUGCCUCGUCAAUAUGUGCAGACCCAGCAGACGCCGCCGCAAUGAGCUGGAGAUGGGGAUGCUCGACUCUCAAAAGAAGCAGGACGAGCCGUUCAGGACUUACCCUCGGCCCGGAGAGGAGUUUAUGCCCCGGAAAACUCUAAAACAUCCCACCAGAUACCAGAAUAUUAUGAAGAGGUUGAUUAAGCGAUACGUCCUGAAGGCACAAGUGGACAGAGAGAACGACGAAGUUAAUGAAGGCGAGCUGAAGGAGAUCAAGCAGGACAUUUCCAGUCUGCGCUAUGAGCUCCUGGAAGAGAAAUCCCAGGCCGCAGGAGAACUGGCUCUCCUCAUUCAGCAGCUGGGUGACAAGUUUGGCAAAAACACCAUGAGACAUUAA